GAGUUUGUUUGAGUAUUCUAUCAUAUAUACAUACAAUAAUUUUCUCCCUCUCUUACUAUUUUAGUAUUUUCCUACAUAAAAAUUUGUAUAUCAUAUUAGUACUUUAAGUAGCUCAAUAAUUAGAACUAUAGCAAACACUAUAGCAUGGGAAGAGCACCUUGUUGUGAAAAGAAUGGUCUUAAGAGAGGACCAUGGACACCAGAGGAAGAUCAAAAACUCACUGAUUACAUUCAUAAACAUGGUUAUGGUAACUGGAGAUUACUCCCAAAGAAUGCUGGAUUACAAAGGUGUGGAAAGAGUUGUCGUCUGCGUUGGACAAACUAUCUUCGACCAGAUAUAAAGCGAGGACGAUUCUCUUUUGAAGAAGAAGAAACCAUAAUUCAGCUACAUAGCAUUCUCGGCAACAAGUGGUCUGCAAUUGCUUCUAGGCUACCAGGAAGAACGGACAAUGAAAUCAAGAAUUACUGGAACACUCACAUUAGGAAAAGAUUAUUAAGAAUGGGAAUUGAUCCUGUGACACAUAAUCCAAGACUUGAUCUUUUGGACUUUUCUUCUAUUCUAAACUCAUCUCUAUCUCAAAUGAACAUUCAAAAGCUAAUUGGUACACAACAAUUAGUGAACCCUCAUGAGAUUCUAAAGUUUGCUUCAUCACUCUUUUCCUCUCAAAAUGGACAAGAGAAUCUCCAAAAUCAACAAUAUCAAGAAGCUUGCAACAUGUGGUUGAAUAAUCCAACUUGUGAUAAUUCAAUGCCUUUCACUCAAACACACUUGGUUGAAUCAAAUGAGAAUCUAUACUCAUCAUUUUUACCUGAAUUUGGCUUCCAACAACAACAUGAACAUGUUCAAUUAAGUGAUUUAAAUUUGCAUUGGAAUGGAAUUGCUUCAAGUACUAUAACAGAGAAUUUUGUUCAUCAGUUACCAAGCUAUGAUUACUUAAGUUCUGAUUUUCAUGGAAAUGGUCUAAUUAUGGAUCCUUACGUAUUAGAAACCUCAAACUUUCAUUCCAAUAAUAACAACCAGAAUUUCAACUUCGCUUCGGUUCUAUCUACGCCUUCAUCGAGUACCACACCGUUGCAUUCGAAUUCGACGAAUAUCAAUGGAAGCAGUAUCACUGAAGAUGAGACAGAGAGCUAUGUUAGCAGCAAUAUGUUUCAAUUUCAAAUCUCAGAUAUCUUAGGUGUGAAUGAGUUCAUGCAGUAAUGUGAAUCAGACAAAAAUAUGAUUAUUUAAUUAAUUACUUGCAUUGAUUUAUGUGGCUAGUUAGAUAUAGAUUGCAAGUUUGAUAAUUAUGUAUUGAUGUUGAUAUAUGUAACAUUUUUCUAAAACUUUAUCAACAUUGAUACUUUGACUUUGUCUAUUAUUGAAUUAUGAAGUAUGGAAAGUCUUCAUCAUUUUCAAA